AAGAACACCAAAAAUGUAACAUCACACAAAAAAUUUUAUCAAAUCCGACAUGCAGUACAACGCAAUUUACUUUUUAAUCUUUAUCCUAGUCGGCUUUGCCUGCGCUGAUCUGGAACAACCCGUAUCGAGUUGUGGUGAAAACGAAACUUUCAUAACAUGUCCUCCGCCAUGCCCAGCCACCUGCGACGACAGGAAUCCCGAAUUGUGCGUAGACGUGUGCCUUGAAAAUGGCUGCGUGUGCAAAGAAGGAUACAUCAGAAAGACCAACGAAGGACCGUGCGUUUUAAUCGAGGAGUGUCCUUCAGAAGGUUCACCAACACCAAUAACAUGCGGAUGCAACGAAGUGCUUAACAAAUGCCCAACGCAAUCUCCAGAGCCCACUUGCGAAAUUCCUACCGUUCCUACCGUAAGCGCUUCAGCCAGCAGCAAUUGCUCAUCGGCAAGAUGCGAAUGCCAGGAGGGUUAUAUCAGAAUCCAGCCAUUGGGGACGUGCGUCAGGAAUUCGGAAUGUAAGGAUAACCUUCGGAUAACUAAUUAUUCGGUGGAUUAA